AUGGCUAAUCGUAGCUAUAGCGGGUUCCCUUUGAACAGCGUUAUCUUUGGCUCUAGGAGCACUGCUGACUUCAAUGUUUCUCAGGAACAGGCUCCACCGGUCCCGUACUUGAAUCAUCACGCCGCUCACACCGAGACUGCGCUCCCCUACGGCCCCCGCCGCGUCUACAAUGACUCUACUACCACCCUCUUCGACGAGCGCGGCAAUGAGCGCGGCUACGAUCGAGGCUACGAGAGUCUUACGGCACUCCCCAAGUUUCCCAAGAACGACCCUCCUGGCACCGUCCCGCCCAUGGCGCACUUCGAGCUGCCUCCGCCUAUCCACCGCAAGAAGUCCGUCUGGCAGAAGAUCGGCCUAGGCGUCAAGCGCACGUUCGGCCGCAUCAACAUCGGUGGCAGCAGCAAGCCCAAGAUCGGCCUCCCCACCAACUUUCAGCAUGUCCAAGGGGUCGACAAUCUUCCAAUGUCCAAGUCCAUGCGCGUCUUCGUCGACAACAAGAGGGCUGGCUUGCCCACUGAGAUCCCCGAUGAUGAUGGCAACUCUGUCUGGGAGGAUGUCUCCGAAUACGAAGCUACUAGGCGUAUUUGA